AUGCUUCAAUUUUGUGGCGUUUGUUAUAUGUGCUUGAGUAUUUGGGGCAUAAUCCAACUGUCUAUAAUGGGCAUAUUAUACAGGGUUGAAUCCCUAAGUUUAAUCGAGGAUACUGAAGCGCAUGAGUUCGAAGACACCCAAGACUUUAUAAAACACACGAAAAAAAACUAUAAACAGGUACGUAUGUCACAAAUUCAUCUUAUUUUCAAUGAAUUCAUAUUAAUACCGAAUAUUGGGCGACCGAUCAUUCGGCAUGACAUGCGAACAUUUCCAGUGUCGGUAAACUGCUUCAUCGCCUCUUUUAUUUACGUGGUGAUACUGGGCUUAUCGUUGCUGUGCAUCUCCAAGGCGAAGAAAAACGCAAAACUAAAAGAGGCUAAGCUGCUGGAUGACACGUUGAGCUGCACAUUCGAAGUUGUUGAGUUAACGGAGAAGCAAAAGAAAAAGAUCACGUAGGA